UAAUGUAGCAUCGCUGCCGAAUGAUCAUUUAUUUACAUCAAUGGUCCAGUUGUAUUUGUAAACUGAUGUUAAAAUCAUGGGAGAGAAAGGACAACAAUCAACCCAGCAGCCUAUCGUUAAGAUAGGACAUUACACUUUAGGACAGACAUUAGGAGUUGGGACCUUCGGUAAAGUGAAAAUUGGUGAACAUCAGCUUACAAAUCACAAAGUUGCUGUUAAAAUAUUAAACAGGCAAAAAAUCAAAAGUCUUGAUGUUGUUGGAAAGAUUAGAAGAGAAAUACAAAAUUUAAAACUCUUUCGUCAUCCUCAUAUAAUAAAACUGUAUCAAGUGAUAAGCACGCCAACAGAUAUUUUUAUGAUAAUGGAAUAUGUUUCUGGAGGUGAACUUUUUGACUACAUUGUUAAAAAUGGAAAGCUCAAGGAGUAUGAAGCACGCCGUUUCUUCCAACAGAUAAUAUCUGGUGUUGACUACUGUCACAGACAUAUGAUUGUUCAUCGAGAUUUGAAACCAGAGAAUCUACUCCUCGAUCACAACUUGCAUGUGAAAAUUGCUGACUUUGGCCUGUCAAACAUGAUGAUGGAUGGAGAAUUCCUGAGGACAAGCUGUGGUUCUCCAAACUAUGCUGCUCCAGAAGUCAUAUCUGGGAAGUUGUAUGCUGGCCCCGAAGUUGAUAUUUGGUCCUGUGGUGUGAUUCUUUAUGCGUUAUUGUGUGGUACCCUGCCCUUUGAUGAUGAACAUGUUCCAACACUGUUCCGUAAAAUAAAAUCGGGGGUAUUCCCUAUACCUGAAUACUUAAAUAAGCAGGUUGUUAGUCUGCUUUGCCAUAUGCUUCAGGUGGACCCUAUGAAGAGAGCUACAAUUGAAGACAUAAAGAAACAUGAGUGGUUCCAGAAAGAGUUACCAGCAUACUUAUUCCCAUCUCCAGUAGAACAGGAUGCGUCUGUUAUUGAUACUGAUGCAGUUAAUGAAGUUUGUGAGAAAUUUGGUGUGAAGGAACAUGAAGUUCACAAUGCCUUGCUGAGUGGUAAUCCUCAUGAUCAGCUUGCUAUUGCAUACCAUUUAAUAAUUGACAAUAAAAGAAUUGCCGAUGAAGCUGCAAAGGCAGAGCUCAAAGAUUUUUAUGUUGCAAGCAGUCCUCCACCUGUUUCAUUUAGCCCAAAUGAGCUGAAUCCUAGUCCUAUUCGACCACAUCCUGAAAGAAUAGCUCCUGCCAUUCGUGAUAAAGCUAUUGCUACAAGCAAUAGUGGGGCAACUGACAGACGCUCUAGAGGAACUCCAGUCAAAAGAGCUAAGUGGCAUUUAGGUAUUAGAUCACAGAGCAAACCCAACGACAUUAUGAAUGAAGUCUACAGAGCAAUGAAAGCACUAAACUAUGAUUGGAAAGUUAUUAAUCCUUACCACGUACGUGUUCGACACAAGAAUGAACUAACUGGAAAAUAUGUUAAGAUGUCACUGCAACUAUAUCAAGUUGAUUAUAAAAGUUAUCUUUUGGACUUCAAAAGCCUUAGCAGUGAAGCUAGUGAAGAUAGUGAAAGCAUGAUCUUAUCAUCAGGAGAAGAACCAAAACCAGCUGUAACUGUACCUGUAGAGUCAAGUGAACAGCAGCAGAAGCAAACCGGUCAUCAUACAAUGGAGUUUUUUGAGAUGUGUGCAGCCUUGAUCACUCAGCUUGCUCGCUGACAUCUGUCGUAAUAGUCACUGAUCCAUACAGUGGCUAUAUAUUCAGUUGCAGAAGAUAUGAUACUAAAGUGGUUUGCCACUGUUCUUCUAUGGCUGUAUAUGAGGAGACCAAUUGUCCAAAGAUCAAGCGACAAGUUUAGUUGUAAUGUUGUGAUUUCAGUGUAAAACAUUAAAAGAAAUUUAAAAGUUACCUUCAAAGUCACAUAUAUAGGAGCCUUUUUUGUUAGUAUUAUAGUAAUUGAAAGGUUUUUAUUUAUGGCUAUUGUUUAGAAUUUUAAGUGCAGAAAUGGAAGACUGGUAUGUAUUGCCAGUAUUUUUGUGCUCGUACCCUAAGCUACUGGUGUUAAUGUAAACAGUUGACUGGUAGAGAAAUGCAGCAUUUUACAAAUGUGCUCUUGUACAAGAAACUGUUGAAGAAAACUAAAUGCAACUUUUAAGAAGCGACAAGAAAUACAUUUUGCCCUAGUAAGGUUAUAUAUGAUCACUUAAUGUGUAAUAUUAGCACUUCCAGUUUAUCUGAGUUCACGAACAAUUCUCUGCUAUAAAAAGUUCAUUUUAUUCUUACUUACCACCUUAUGUUUCACGUGGGUGCCAUGCACUCUGAUACAGAUUGUUUGCUCUAUGUGAAGUCUCUGUCAUUGCACAGCUGGUAUUAGAACACCUUUGGUAAUCUUUUGACAGUUGUACUGCCCGGGUCAGUGUCUCUGAAUUGAAUCUUGUGAGAGGGUAAAUGGUGAGGGAUGGAUAGAGGCACAAAGGCACAUUGGAAUGAAUAAAAGCAAAAGCUUGUAUCAUCAUCACUAUAACAUUCACAAGAAGAAUUUUUCCUUUUGUAUCUUUCUGCAACACCAUUUCAGCUAACUGUUCAUCCACACAUUCUGAUUUCAUCAGUUGUAUGUUUUCAUCCCACUACAGGGUGUAGGAGCACUUGUAAGAAGAAGGUGGAAACCUUUCAUAAAUUGAUAGAUUGGAUCCUUCCAACAUGUCUGUCAUCAAUUAAACAUGGACAAAGUGAAACUAAUGUUGGCUUGUCAGUUACCUUGUCAGUAACAGAGUCAUCUUGCCCACACUUCUGAAACCAGCUUUAUCCUCAGAAUCUGAUGAGCCACAAAAGAGAACACACAAUGGUUGUCCUUUUACUGCCAAGUGCUUGACCAGGUUGCACAAUUUUUCAUAGCCUUCUAGUCUAAUGUGUAACAAUGAACUAGCAAAAUUUCUCAGCGUGAAGAUCAGGUGACUGUCUUAAUGUCAUUGUCACUGUCUAAGCUGUUAUAGUGAGCACGUAGUCUAACCCUUUCUUAUAGAAUUGUGAAAGAUUGCAGCAAUUUGUUCAAAUGUAGAUUCACAUGAAUAUUAUAUUGUGUCAUGUUCAGAGAGCAAGCUAAAAACCUUUUCCUCCCUUUUAACAUUGUAAGCUGUUGAUAGAUAUCUCCUUACAUCUUGGUGCGAAAGUAGUACCUCUAGUUUCCAACAGAUAGCAGAAAAAUGUGGUCUUAUGUAGCACUCUACAGCUAGCAGAGCUCAGGUUACCAUCAUUCUUUAUGUUACCCUGUAGAGUGAGUAUUGACUUAUCUCCUGGCAUUAAGGAUUAAAUAAUACAGGGUGUUUCAAAAUUUUUUAUUCGAUUUCACAAGACUGUCUUGUAUGUGAAUGAAGAUACGAAUUUAUACUCGUGUAUUAGAUUAUGCCGUUUUUGUUUUCAGAAGAACCCUCUGAUUUUAAAAGGGGAUAUCUUUUACAUGCAUACAACUUUGAUGUACUUUUUACAACUAUACUUAAGAUCAAAGGUUUCAUUUACCUUCAACAAAUGUUCAGUGUGGCUUCCACUGGACACAUGACAAACAACCAGAUGAUAGUCAAAGUCAUCUCACACUUUUACAAGCAUUCACUACUGUUGCUAUGUCCUGUCACAGUUCACCAAAAGUUGUUGGAAGGGGAGGCACAUAGACAGAGUUCCAUAGUUUAAAAAAUAAAAAUAAAAUAAACUCACUAGUUAUACUCAGCAAGCCUGGAGACCAAUGGUGCAAUGUACACCCCAUGCGGUAGAGGCACUGUCAUACUAGUCAUGAAAAUGCUGCUGCACAGGUGUAAUAGAAAUGCACCUGUUGAAAAAGAGAAUGCAAAAUGCCCUUUUGUCACCACAUUAUUACCAUUUUGACUUGACGCACCUUGGGUAAUGUCCAACCAAGCAAACAAGCUAGCUGCAGCAGCUAGACCACUACCAACAGCUGCAUAAACUGACAGCUUACAGCUGGAGCCAAGAUAAAUUUGAUACUUAAAUUAAAAUUUACUUGAGUUUAUAUCUUCGUUCAUGUAGAAUAUAUAAUCUUGUGAAAUUGGAUGAAUCUUAUGGAAACAUGCUGUAUAUUGACUAUAGAACAAUAUUAUUUAUGUUGUGGUCGUCAGGAGUCAGAAAGCCAUUAACAAUAAUUGUUUUUAAAUCUUUCAGUUCUAAUGUUUCAGUCAAUGGGUGAAACUGUACAACAAGAAAGGUGGAAAAACUUUGGAAGCCUGAAUGAAAGUUCCCUUCAUCCACCACAUAUUUAAUUCAUACUAAAGAAGAAAAAAAUUAAGUUUUCUUUUGAAACUUUUUGGAAUUUUUAACAUCUUGAAGAAUUUAAAGUCUGGUUCGUCAUCAAAGCAGUGUCUGUUUUUCUUCUCUAAGUAUCAAAAAUGUAGAUUCAAUUUCAUGUUGUACUUAAGCAUAUACAAAACUGCCUUCAUAGUUUCCAAGCAAAACUUAUGAGGUAGGGGUUCCAUUUUUGUCAGUUCCAUUAUUUUGUAAGUACUGGUGAUGUAAUGCUUUUAUGUGAAAUGUUCUUCUCUCAUUUGGUGUACCAACUGCUUUGUUUAAUUUGCCUCAGUUUGCAUUCAGGAUAAGUGAUUCUCCUUUAAUGCUGCUCUCACUUGAUCACCAUGUUGUGUAAAUCUGUAACUGUUCAUUUUGAUGAUUUGGAUUAGAUUCUACUUUUCACUCAAUUUAGUAGUCAUGUCACAUACUACUAUUCUUUUUUCCCAUUCUUAUAGGACAUUAUUGCUUUCGGCUCUAUUUGGUAUGUGAGGACCACAUCAUAUAUUGAUGAGACACAGUGUUAAUAAUCUUUCUUCUGUCUAUUGUACACUUAUUAUCACUUUGUUCCUAUAUGCUGCAAGUGUUCCACUGCUUUAAUCUGCCCAGUCUCUUCUUACAUGCCUGCUUCCACUGAUAAUCUUUCUGCCUCCUCUUUCUGUACAUGUUGUGGAAGCCAGAAGUGUGUAUGUGUACACUCCUUAUCAGAUGUGCUUUGGCUUAGGAAGAUGAUUCACCAGUAUAUUUCCUUCUGAUGUUAUUUUGACUGAGUUUUAUAAUGGUGCUGCUUCUAAAAAUCUCAGAACUUUUUGCUUCAGACAUUAGUCAUUGCAAGAUGAUACUUGAUAAAUGAUCACUGGUGUUACUGUGUGACAUGUCAAGUUUACUUUCUGUAGCUGCCAACAAACAUAAUGUGAUAAAAUUGUCCCUAAGACCGUAAACGUAUCGAAUCUGUACAUAGCACCUGUGCAAUGUGAGUGUAUAAUUUGUCAUGUGAUAAACAUUAUUUUUACCA